AUGCAUUUAAAAACAAAAUAUGUUGAAGAUAUAUGGGACAACGAUCCCGGUGUUGACCUUGCCGAUAUAUCGCUACAGCUAGGAGAGAUAGAUGUUGGAAAGGAUGGAAAUGUUGAGCGCAAAAAGGAAUUGAUAUUAAGGCGAUUAGAUUUUGCAAAAGAAAACAAUGGACACCUCGUGACUUCCGAUAAUGAUAAUUCCAUCGCUUCAUCGAAGACUGGAGAUGUAUCCAAAAUGAACACCUUCCCUCGGUCUAAGAAACACGUGGACGACGAGUUUAUCCUAAACCAUAGAAAACGUCGCUUCUUUCACAACUACAGUUUUAACUUUCAGAAGCACAAACAGCUGAAGGAAAAGAUAGCGUCUGCUGUGGAAAGGAAAAACAUCUUCUCAAUAGUUGGUCCCUAUCCUGCCCUCCGCAAAGCGCUGAAGAAACGAAACUGGUUGGAGAAGCAAACCUACAAAUGUGCGCUUGCCCAGGAUCUUUCCAUGCACUCGUUGUUGCACAAGGCCCAGGAAGGUAACGAGUUUGAAGAGGCGUUGAUUUCGAGGAUACUCAGACCCCACAAUGCGGACUUUAUUUGGCAAAACCGACACCUGAAGGAAUCCAAGAAGGACCGUUUCUACACGCCAUACAGGAGUAGGAUUUACUACGAAAGAACGUCGGACUUUACCAUGAAAGAAGGUCUAGUGAAAGUCGUUGAAGCAAUGCAGUGGCAUCAAGAAGAUGGCACUGCGGAGUUGGAUUGCCCUCGUACUCACUUGCUGGAUUCGGAAGAUGCCAUUACGAUGUUUCUUGAAGACUUCCAGCUGACCGCCUGCACAAGCUUUCUUUACUUUUUGUCCAAAUAUCUCGAUUCACUGUUCGAUGAGGAGGGGACUGCUCCAGUAGGAAUAAUUCACACUGCGAUGGAAUUCUGCAAAUAUCAUUUGGCUUGCGCACGCCAUGAGGACGUUGACUAUCAGGAAUACUGCGAACCGUUGUUGUCCCCGGAGGACAGGGCGACUAUUGUGAAAAUUUUGACUGAGGGUGCCAGAUUUAAGAUGCUCCCCGGGUACGAAAUACUGUCGUUGGUGGCUCAAGUAAAGAAGUUAGUAUUGGAUGCGGCCAAGCACUUUCCGGACAUGAAAAUCGACGGUAUACGCAACAUGUGGAUACUGAAGCCAGGGAAUCGGUGUCGUGGGCUCGGUAUCAUGAUUUUCGAUGACGAUCGAAAACUACUGGACUUUGUGGAUAGCAAUCCGGACACCAAAUACGUGGCGCAGAAGUAUAUAGAAAAGCCUUUGCUGAUCUACAACACAAAGUUUGACAUCAGGCAGUAUUUCCUCAUAACGUUCACCAGCAAUCAGCUAAAAGUAUGGAUGUACCGGGACUGCUAUCUACGGUUUAGUUCACGCGAGUUUAAUCUGGACGAUUUCAACGAAUCAAUCCACUUGACGAACUACUCCAUUCAAAAGCAAUAUGCUGCUACUAUCCAGAAGCAAGGAUCUCUACUCCCUGUCUGCAACAUGUGGUCCAGUAAACAGUUUCAACAGUAUUUGCAAUCCCUCGAUAAGGGGUACUAUUGGCAACGGAAAAUAUAUCCCGAUAUGAAGCGAAAUAUUCUAUCGAUCGUCUCCGCCAGUCUGGACGGUAUGAAAAUGGAGAGGAAUAUGUUCGAAUUGUACGGAGCCGACUUUAUGGUGACGGAAAACUUUCGAACCAUGCUCAUUGAAAUAAAUUCUAGUCCGGACCUAUCAUCGUCAACCGAAGUUACCGAAAUCAUUUGUCCAGCAGUACUGGAAGACCUGGUAAAGGUUGUGAUUGAUAACACCAACGAUAAACGAGCCGGGACCGGUCAAUUCGAGUGUAUCCAUUCGAUAGAGAUUCCUCGGUUGGCACCAUAUGGCUAUGGAAUGUUGCUUGAGGGUAAAUGCCUGGGCCCAAGGAACAGGUGCAAGAGCCCACAGCCCCCGACUGGGCCACCGAUGUGUGCCCUGAACAGAACUCGCGCCAAACCAACCAGUAAUUCGGCGCAGUCACAGACGUCCAGCAACGGCAGCAGUAACGGCGGAAGCAAAGCUUCAAGUGCGAGCAAUCCCGGCGAGAGACCACGAUCAAAUUUAAGUAGAUAAUCCGUAAAAUUGCCUUUCGUUACCAACUUUCUACACAUGUUACACACAACAGCAUGAUGCUUCGUGCUUUGAUAAGUUUUACUAGUUAUGAUAAAUGAAGUAAAAUAUAUAUAUUAAACGAAAUUAUUGAAAGUUCUGGAGAAUAAAUUUAUCGU